CCAUUUGAUCAAAACCCUGAUCGGAAAGCGUUUGCCUCUCUCUCAAGGGCAACGGUCUUAGAGGAGGAUUCCGGACGAGCAGAGACGAACGCAUUCGACAUCGACUCUGGGUACCCAACUCUCCCCUGCUGUCCCCCUCAUUCUCUCUCUCUCGCUUCGCUUUGUUCUGAAAUUUUUGUCGCCAAACCCUUAGAAUCCUCUUUCAUGGAUCCCACCAUUGAAUCCUCCCUACUCGCAAAGCUCGAAAGCUCCGAAUACAAAGGUCUGUACCAACGCUACUCAGAUUUUCUUAAACCGUUCACAGAUGUAGUCCAAAUCAACGAUGAGACCAGUUCAAAGAAGCCAAAGAAGAACCAGAAGAGUAAGAAGGGGAACGAGGCUGAACUGACGGUAAUUCGUACAUUUGCGAAGAGGUUCCUCCCGUUUCUCAAUAGAUCCGUUUCGUUGCUUCCAAAACGGCUACUUGAAUCGCCAAAACCAGGCGGAGAAGAGGAAGAUUGGGUUAUUGAGUUGUUCGAUACUUACAAGUUUUGUUUGGAUUGUUUAUCUUGUAUGGCUUCGCAAUUGGCGGGGAAACCUUAUGCGAUACAGUUGCAGAGGCUAAAUUUGGUCCAUUGUUUUGAGGCUUGGAAGCUGUAUGCGGAAGCUGAGAGCGAGGCAUUCUUGGUUCUGGAUAGGUUGAACGGUAUUUAUUCUGUGGCAUAUGCGUCUAAAUCAGUGAAAGGAAAGAAGGUUGAGGAGCGGAUAUUGCCGCUUUUGAUGAAGGAGAACUCUGACCCUCAACUAGCUAUGUUGGUUGUUGAGCUAGUUGUGACUAUUGCGAGGUGUGUUUUAGGGAGUAAGACUAGGGAUAGUAAUGCAUAUCGAAGGGUACUCAAAUUGGUGGAACAGGUUGGGCCCUGGUUGAGGGUCCUAGAUGACAAGGUAGUUGAGAAGUUGCAUGGGCAGCUUGUGGCCUGCCUGAACAGAUGUGCGUUGUUCAUGGUUGGGGAGUAUACAUGUUUUGUUGGAGAUCUGGUACACACUUUCUGCAUGGCAGCAUUUACAGAGUGUUUAAAGUCAUCGGCAAAGGAUCAAUUUCCUAAGAUUGCACGCAGGAUAUCUUAUUCAUUCUUCUUGCAAGGAGAUGAUGGUGGAUACUCACUCAUUGUUGACAUAUUAAAAUGUUCACUAAGCUCUAUAGCCUGUGAAUGCAAGGUUGCUAUGUGGUACUGCAUAAAUGACAUUAUUGAUCUUAUAUUUUAUUGUGCUAAUAAAUGCCGAACUGUAAAUACGAAUAUAUGUAGAGUUGUUGCAAAACAUCUAAAUGAAGCUGCAAGCGACUUCCUUCAGCAGGGUUUUGCACCGGUUGAUUUGAUUCUUAGUCUUUAUGCUGCUGCAUUGUAUUUUAAGGAUAAUGAUGUUGGAUCCAGAGGUUCAAAGGAUGAAUGCGCAGUUAGAAGUUUGCUUGACAAUGGUGCCAAUCUGCAACAUAUAGCUGCUUUGCUUGCUUCAUUAGGAAGUUACUUUCAUAUUGCUUGCAAUGAGAAUGAUGUGUUCCCCUGCUGCACAGAAGAUGAUUCCACUGGUACACUUUGUCCAGUAAUGGACUCUGAUGUUCAGGACUCAAAAAUUUGUUGCCAUAGGCAUGGAAAAGUUUCCCUGUUCUCCUUCUUAAGUGCUUUGGAGUUCUUGUGCAAGCCAUUUUCUGAAGUAGUAAAUACAGCAAAGAAACAUAUCCUCUCUGAAACCGCAGUUGAUCUAUGUUCUGAUAAACUAAAUUAUAUUCAGGAUGCAUUCCAUAGAUUUUGCGAAGUGUUUCGCAUAUGUUCCAGGUGCCGGUGUACAUCUGCAACUGGGAGAGAGAGGUUUCAUGAGAGCCAGAAAACAUUGCUUUGUGUUGCAAUAGCAGCUUUCACAGUCUCCAUCAGGACAAGAAAAGACAUUCAGAGGAGUGCAGAUUGCAUUGAUCAAAUUACUUCAAUGAAGUGGAUUCAGAUUCAUGAGCUAAAAUAUCUCCUCACCUCUCUCUACAACAUCGGUGUGAUUUUAUACAGAUCCAAUCAAGUAAAACAGGCUUCAGUGGCUUUAGAAUUAUGCUGUAGAGCAUCAUGGACUUGUGUUUCUCUCCUCUGCAAGAAAUUUAGUGCCAAUUCAGAGGGGAUCCAAGAGGAACUAUCAGAAGAUUCUAUUAUAGAGUUUGUUGCUGAGACAUGUGGAAAAAACGCAUUUCUUCUGGAUGUUCUCCAUCAAUGUGGAAGCCCUGAUGUAGACACGAGCAUUGUAAAUAGCCUUUUGAAUUGGAGGACUGCUCGAAACUAUCUUGAAAGGUUGAGUGGUCCCACACCUUUGGUGCAACAAUGGGUUAAGAUUAAGUGCAAAGAAUUUAAGGGAGCUGAUGUGGAAGAUUAUGCUCCUACUUUAUAUUCUUUGUUGUUAAAGACUUCUCCAACAUGGUCAAAGAGAACAACUGGCCUCAUUUUAGAGGAGGAGCUUUUUGGGUAUGAAGAAAUGAACUCACGUUAUCCAAAUAUAUGCAAGAAAAUGCAACUGAAAAUUAUAGAUAUUCUUCUCUUUGAAGUUUAUCUAACAAAGGAUGAUUUACUUGAGAAAUCAAGGAUCCUUAUUUGGAAAGGAAGGGCAUUGAGGGCUUUUGAGAGUGAAGGCCUUCAAAAUUGUAUCCAGUGUUUUUCGGAGGCUAUAUAUAUACUUGAUGAAGUAUUUGCUAAAUCUUCUGUCAACAGUGCUUUGACAUGCCAUCAACUAGCAAUUGCACAUUGCUUGCGGGCACUUUGCACUCAGGAGGCUGAGCCAAACUCAGAGGUAAUCUUGGAUGAUAUUAAUCAUGCGCUAGAGCUAUGGUCAAAUGUAAUCAUUCCAAGGCAUUGUUCUGCAGAUGAGCUCUGCGAGUUGAUGACUAAAAAUGCAAUGCAGUUAUUGUGUCAAGUUUCUGAUUUGCUGUCGCUGAAGGGUCACAUGCAUUUCCAUUUUGACAUUUACAAGCUCAUCAUCAUACUACUAAAACAAAAAAAUGUUCCACUUGAAAAGAGUGUUGCAAUGCUAUGGGCAGAUAGAAGACUGAGCCAUGCCCUUUGUAUGUCACCAGUUGAUGAGGACUUCAUCUUGAAAUUCUCAAAACAUUUUGGUGUUAAUUUCAACUCUGUUGGUUUCUGGGUUAAUUGUUUAAAGGACUCAGAGCCACUACUGGUUGGAUUUCGGCAGAAGUUCUCACUUUCUCAUUCCAUUUACCCUCAAGGAAAUCAUCCUGAAAAUUCUUUGGGUUCUGAUAUCAAUAUUAGUCGAGUAAAAAAGGCUGCAAUGGAUCUCUUGUCAAGUAUUCCUGUGUGCAGUCGUUCCAGUUUUCUUGCUGGGCAUCUUUACUACGAUUUAUGUGAAAAAUUCAUUUCAAAUGGGCAACUACUUGAGGCUCUUAGAUAUGCAAAAGAGGCCCGUCACUUACGUUUGAAGCUCUUGCGGAAGAACUUUUAUUUCUCAAUUGAACAUCAUCCAACGAACUUGAGUGAAAUUGUUGAAGCCUCUCAAAGAAAUCUCAAGAUGUAUGGAUCAGUGGCUACUGAAGUAUGGCCAUAUGCUGUGAACUCAUGGGACUUGGAAGGUGGUCCUCUUAGUCCAUGGAGUGUUCUUCAGUGCUAUCUCGAAAGCACGUUGCAGGUUGGGAUUAUCUAUGAAGCAAUUGGGAAUGGUACUGAAGCUGAAGCUGUUUUACUUGGGGGGAAGCAUAUCUCUUCUAUUCAAGGCUUGGAUCUUUUUAUGGUUGCUUUUGCAUCUAUCUUGGGGCAGAUAUAUCGUAAAAGGAAAAUUUGGGAUUUGGCCGAAAAUGAACUUAAUGUUGCUAAGAAAACUUUGUCAGAUGGCUGCACCACUAUAUCAUGCAAGAGAUGCAAGCUGAUCAUGGAGGCUACAAUUGAUCAGCAAAUUGGAGAUUUAACUAGAAGCCGAUUUAUUUGUACUACAGGGGGUCAAAUUAAUAGCUUAUCCAUUGCUCUAGAUAUGUACAAAUCAGCACUGGAAAAACUGGAUUUUUUGGAACAGGAAAACUCUUCCAGUACUUCUGGAGGACCAAACAUUGACAGCACAAGAAACAGAAAAACUGUUGUUGACGUUGACUAUGAUGUUACCAGUAUAAAUGCAUGCUGUGUAACAGAUCAGUCAGAUACCAGGAAAUUUUGUUCUGUGAUGGUUGAAGAUGAGGAGUCACUAGGAACAAAAACUAAAAGGGGUAGAAAGCCUAGGAAUGCAUCAAAACAUUUACAUCAGGAUCAAAAUUUGAAAACUGACCAUAAUCCAAGGGUCACGCGCUCCAGAGACCAAUCUAAUCAUAACAAGAGUGUCCAAGCUCAGGGUGCGGCAGAAUCCAGAUUUUCUGAACAUUCAAUUGGCAAUCAUGGGAUUGCUUCUUCUGAGGCUCUUAGACAGAAAGGAUCAUUCAUUGAAUUCAUCAUGAAUUCUAAGGCUGAAAUCGGAUGUGAACAGACAUGCUUUUGCAAGGUAACCAAUUGUUGGAGAUCUCUUCUUGUAGAAGUUGCGGCAGCUGGAUCAGUAAAAGAUCUCAUUAUCGUUAAAUGGGAGUUUCACCACAGGCGUCUUUCAGUAAGGCUACUUACUGGAAUAGGAAAAUGCAUAGAAGCUCAUGGUGAUAUUCACGAAGCACAUAAAGUAUUUUGGAAAAGCAUUUCCUUUCUAUUUGGUAGAAAGCCUUUUUGUCAAACUUAUUCUUGCACUUCACACUCCCUGUUGCUUGACUUCAUUGGGAAAGAAAUUCCCGACGAUUGCUUUUCCAUUGAACGUGCAGCUGUAUUGUACAACAUCUGUUGGUUUUCUGUGAAGAACUACCACUCAGAGCAUACCAGGGCUGGCAGGGCUGGCUGUUGUGAUUUGUCUCAUAUUCCAGCUUCCAGAAUUGUCUCCUGGUUGUUGCAAGCGUUUAUACUCUGCCGUGAGCUCCCGUCACUUUUUCAGAAGGUUUCUAGGUUGCUUGCUGCCAUAUUUUUGCUUUCCACCUCUCCUGGGUUUGGUUCUUUGCCCAUUUGUAUUAGCGACACCCUCUCUGUGAGUCAUUGGGCUGCAUAUUUUCAUCAAGCUUCACUUGGUACACAUCUCAACCACCAGUUCUUUUCAAGUAAGAGUGGAAAAUCCAAAACUCAAGACUCCACAGAUUUUGAGGGUCCACAUGCUUCUGGUUCAGAUUCCACAAUGCCCGAAAACUACUUUAGGCAUGUACCAGAAAAAGUUGAGUAUCUCGAAGAAUAUGUGACGGACUUCUUCCAAGGCCUUCCUAGCACUACAGUCAUCUGUAUAAGCUUGCUUGGAGGUGGUUAUGCUAGUCUGUUGAGAGAAAUGCUGCAUUUUCCUUCCACUUUUCCAGCAUGGAUGCAACUGUCACGCUUAAACUCAAAGUGCCAUCCUAUUGUAAUGCUUCUACCCGUGAAUUUGGUUUCUGAAGCAACUCUGGAUGAUGAUGCACUUUCUAACAUUCAGUCCAUACCUGAGUGUAUUAACUCAAGUAAAACGUGGCACUGUCCUUGGGACUACACUGUGGUGGAUGAUGUAGCCCCUGUGUUCAAAUUGAUACUGGAGGAAAAUUACCUGUCAACUGUUUCUCCUCCUAUAGAUACAAAUGAAAACAGGUUGCUCUGGUGGACACGUAGAAGGAAGCUUGAUUCUUGCCUUGGUCAAUUCUUGAGGGAUAUAGAAGAUUCCUGGCUUGGCCCCUGGAAAUGCUUGCUUUUGGGGGAGCGCUCAGACAGCAAACACUUGGAUUCAGUACUUACAAAGCUGAUGGAUGACCUGAAACGUAAAUGUGAAUUUGAUUUACAUGGUAAUCUUCUGAGAGUUAUCCUUGGGGGUGCUGGGUGUAUCUCUGGAACAGAAGCAUGCGUUUCUCAGUUACUCCUACACAAUGGCUACUUUGGUUGGGGUGGAUGUUGUGGAGAGGAAAUAUCUGGUUCCUUGUCCUUUCCAAGUGCCGAAUUUAAAAGUAAGUCUGGGUUAACUCGCCAACUAAUAGUUGAGGCAGCAAUUGAGGUUGAGGAAGAAUGUAGCAGUAGAGAACCAAUUAUUUUGGUGCUGGAUUCUGAGGUGCAGAUGCUUCCUUGGGAGAGUAUGCCAAUAUUAAGACAACAAGAAGUUUAUCGCAUGCCUUCUGUGGCUGGCAUCUAUGCAAUACUCAAAACAAGUUACCGCCGUGAAGAGCAAGUUCAGAAGGUUGCAAGUGAUUUUCCAUUGAUAGAUCCUUUGGAUGCAUUCUAUUUGCUGAAUCCAAGUGGUGAUCUCAUCCACACACAGGCUGAUUUUGAGGGAUGGUUUAGAAAUCAGAAGUUUGAGGGAAAAAUUGGAAUGUCUCCCACAACUGAAGAGUUGGCCAUGGCUUUAAAAAGCCAUGACCUUUUUAUAUACUUUGGACAUGGAAGCGGGACACAGUAUAUACCUGGCAAUGAGAUUCAGAAACUGGAGAACUGUGCAGCUACUCUUUUAAUGGGAUGCAGUAGUGGAUCUCUAUCUCUCAUGGGAUGUUAUGCUCCAGAAGGUGCCCCUAUCUGGUAUUUAUUAGCCGGUUCUCCUGUUAUAGUUGGCAAUCUGUGGGAAGUCACAGACAAGGAUAUUGACAGAUUUGGGAAGGCGAUGCUUGGUGCUUGGUUGCAGGAAAGGUCUACUUCCAUUAAUUGUUCCCACUGCAAUCUACUGGUGAAAGAAUUUGGAUCCAUGGACAUAAGCAAAAGUAGGAGUAAUGCAAAGAAGGUUUCAAGAAGGAAGAAGUCAGAGGAGGCCUCUUGUAGUAAAACAUGCAGAACCUGCUCUGGUCCUAGACCAAAGAUUGGAUCUUUCAUGAGUCAGGCUCGAGAAGCUUGCACACUGCCAUUCUUGAUUGGGGCAUCUCCAGUAUGUUAUGGUGUCCCAACAGUUAUAGGGAAAAAGAAGGAUUUGUAGCAAUAUAAAAGUGCUUUGUAUUGCUUCUAUUCUCUCACUAUUCACUCAGAAAUGUCAUGCAUCUUUGCACCCUUUCUUUAUGUGCAAAUUAAGAUGGGCAUCGUGAAUGAAUAGCAUCCUGCAAGCUGCAGGUCUGUAAUGUCCUCAAUUGUAUAUAGAGUGGGAACAAUAUCCCUUCCACGUUAUGGUAGUCCUGAAUGGUACAGAAACCCCCUAAAGCUGUUCAUCCAUCCAUGAGAAUUCUUCGGAACUCCUCUACAAUCCCAUCUUUCCUGCAAAUCGGGUCCGUCCUGGUAACAUGUAUGUAUUGUCUGAAUCAAGAUGGAGUGUUGGAGAUUUUGUUGGUAAGCUGGACUCAAGCAAAUUUUCUAUGCUUGACGUGCAUUUGUGACAUUGAUUGAUGGGAUCCGGUAAUUCUGGUUUCCAGAGUAAAAAAGUUGGAGAACAAUGUUGUACUUUGUUGUUAUUUCAAAUAAACUGUAAAGAAUUUUGUCCCUCUCCCCCCCUCCCCCCCCAACUCUCCCUUAUUUUUCACAAAUAGCUCUGGGGAGGUGCCAAAGCCUAUGACAGUGGAGUUGCUGCCCAGAAAAUCUAGUAGAAAGUACCAGUGGUGGAAAAAUAGCGUCAAGCCAUCCUUCACAACAAAACUUUACAGCUGGGAACAUUUUGAGGAUUUGUAUUUGCACGAGAAAUGCGGUAAGGGAUGUUAGAUUGCUUUGUGACAUAUCAGAGUUUGAGGUGGAAGUUAUUUAAUCCUUUCUGAUAUUGCUACAGUUAUUUCAACAUGCUUUUGUAUUUUUGUAGUUGAUUCAUUUUCCCCUGGAGAUGCAGUAAUGCACUUCUUUUUGGGCUCAGAUUUGAUUCAGAAAGUACCCUUUGGAAGAUAGUUCCCAGGUUAUUCUGAAAAGAUCUGAUUAUAGUGAAACCAGAGUUUCUGAUGGGAAAAGCACAUAUUCCGACUGCUGCAAUUGAGCAAUAUGGGUAUGUAGUGUUUAAAGGAGUUCAGGCUUUUGCUUUGAGAUUUGAUUUUGGAGAAAUAUAAAUCUAACAUUUCUUUUGGUGUUUCAUUUUUAUCUUCAUUUUGUACACGUUCCUUCUCUAGUGAACUCUCUUGUACACCGUUUCCAGUGUUCAUUUUUCUUUUAUAGCUUAAUGAAAUUUUAUUUGUAGCCUCUCCAACAAAAAGGAAAGAGGAAAAGGGUAUUGGAUCUCUUUUA